CAGGGGGGUUUCACUCAAACCACCCAGUCCCCCCCCAAUACGGGAAAAUUGGUGUCAUUUACUUCUGGUGCUGUUCGAGUAACAUUACACUUUAGACGACGUGCUAUUAUCUAAUAUGAUUUUCCAAUGAAUAGAAAUUUCUAUCCUUAUAACUAUUCCCUGAUUCCCUACUCUCAGUAUGGGAGAGGUGUUAUAAGCGUGUACUCAGGGCGGCACCCCUAUGGACAAGGAGGCAACGGUGUAGGGGGUAUGUUCCGCUUCUUAUUCAGAAUUGCUCCUAUUCUUAAAACAGGUGCUAAAAAAGUGUUGAACAGAUUGCUAAAUACUAGCCUGGAAGCUGGAACGCAGAUAGCUAACGAUGUAGUCAACGGGGGGAGUCUAAAAAAAUUCAGUUAAAUCUAGAGAAUUGGCUGCUGGGAAGGGUUUUCUCAAGGGGGCUAUGGGAGAUAUUACUCAACGAGGUAAUGGAAGAAGGUUACAAAAGAGAAAGAGAGCUGCCCCUAAGGUCAGUCCCCCUCCAACCAAGAAGCAGAGAACAUCAACUCGUAGACUGAAGACCAUCUUUGAUUAAGUCAUGGCCUGUGCACAUUCACUAUCCGCCCCUGGUGAAAACUCAAGCUUAAACAUAUUCCAAGUACCCCUAACAGAUGUUUCUAUCGUUAAAAGCAAAUGGGUAGAUUAUGAACCUAUUCAGAGUGGAAUAAACCCUAUAGAGUUUGUUAUGAAACCUCUAGCUGAUUACAUAGAUAUUAAUACGACUGAACUAAAGUUUGUGGUAAAGAUUGUUAAACGCGAUAAUGAAGAAUCAAUUGGUGAUGGUAAAUACACUCACAUAAUGCCCUCUACUCCAUGAUCAAACAAUUUACCAUCAAAAUCGACGAUACCUUAGUUACGGAGCAAUCAGAUACCCAAGCUUACAACAGUUAUAUCAAGACACUUCUCAACUUUACAGAUCAAGUCAAAAAUUCCUAUUUAACCAAAUCCCUCUAUUACAAAGACAAAGCUGGUAAUUUUGAUGCAACAAAUAACACCGCAACUACCAAUCCUGGUCUAAAAAAGAGAGGGACGUUCACUAGGGGUAGUGCGGAAGAGGUUAUGGUUGGUGUACCACUCUGCGAUGUGUUCAAUAUUGAUAAAUUACUGCUAGAUGGGAUGAAAAUAAAAGUAAGAAUCGAUCUAAACAGCGACGCAUUCGUAAUUAUGGGAGGUGAAGACCAUAUUAACUGUAGACUGAAAAUCGUCUCAAGCAUGCUCCGCGUACGCACCGUACGCGUGUCCGAUAGCACCAAGCUUAAUCACGUAAAAAUAAUGUCGGGGCCUAAGGCACUCCCUGCAGUUUACACAUUGGCGAGAACACCCACGCAUUCAAGAAUCAUUGCGAGGGGUGUGAUGAACCACAUAGAAACGGAUUUGUUCAAUGGGCUCAUACCACAGUGUUUCGUGUUUGGCAUGGUAAGGAACGAUGCAUUCAACGGAGACUUUGCUAGAAACCCCUUGAAUUUCCAGCUACAUGAUCUAGACGCAUUCAGAGUAACUGUGAAUGGGGAAGAAGCACCAUACUCAAUCAUUGAUUUGAGUAGUGGAAAGAAGAUUGAUGGCUACAAUACACUGUUCUCUGGAAGUGGGGAGAUGAAUUGUGGUCAUGGCCUAGACACAGACAGGGAAGAAUGGGAAAAUGGAUAUGCGAUUAUGCGACUAGACCUCACACCAGCGGGAAUCGGUAACCCUGACCACCUGAUAACACACAGAACGGGGAACGUUAACCUUUACAUGAAGUUUGCGAAAGCUACUGAGGCAGUGCUGAAUUUAAUCGUGUACGCUGAGUUUCAAAAUCAUUUGGAGAUAGACGGUAAUAAGAGAGUGAUCAACGAUCUGUCUCAGGGAACAUAAACGGAAAAAUGCAUACUACACAAGAGUUAUGGGAUGUAUCACUGCAAGACCCUGUCCUCAAACAUAUUAUGUAUGGGGUUUUUCCAAAAGAUAGACUGCCUAUCUUAAACAGAUACCCUGCAGCGUUGAUUGCUAAUACCGAUGAACACGAUCUACCUGGCACUCAUUGGGUUGCCAUGUACUUUAUGUCUAAGGAAGAGAGCGAGUUCUUUUGUAGCUAUGGUAUAACACAAGAGACGUAUGGCAUGGAGGAUUAUCUAAAGAGAGAAGUAACAAUUUACAACGAUAUGCCACUCCAAGGACUCAGAUCUGAUACAUGCGGAGACUAUUGCUUGUAUUACCUUCUUCAUAGGGCACGUAAUAUUGAUUUACGGACUAUUCAAAGAAAAUUUAGAAAAUUCGACACACGAUGGAAUGAUGUUCAAGUAGCUAGAGUCAUACAUCGUUAUUUCAAUUCUACUGUAUUUUCGAAUAGAUUCAGUAAUGUAGACAAAAAUCAAACCUGUGUAACUUUUAAACGUUAUCGUAACCAAUAAACAUAUUUUCAUUAAA